AUGGGGAAAAUAAAUAUGAUAGACAGUGUGUGCAGCGACUUCAAUCGGAGCUACCUCUCCAACGUGUCGUUGGUGGUGAGGAAUUCCAGGGUAUAUUUCGAUACAUUCCUGCUGCGCCGCCUAGACCCGGGCGUGACCAUGGACCUGGAGUUCCGCAUAGGCGUCCCCAAGACCAGGGAAUACAAGAGGAUCUUCCAGUACUCGCUGGACAUGUGCAGCAUACUGGCGCUGAAGAAGAGCAGCAUGUUCAAGCGCUGGUUUUCCACCUUCUUCGAGGCCGGCAACUUCCCGCGCUACUGCCCCGUGCAUCCGAACCACUACUUCCUGAAGGACUACAACUACAACACUCUCUUCAUUCCCACGUUCCUGUACGCGGGCCAGUACAAGGUGACGUUCAACAUGACCCAGUACAGGGACAAGCGGAAGACUAGGGACUUUGUGGUGGCCUGCGCCUUCUACGCGGAAAUAAAGUAG